AUUAAAUUAAGUUAUUCCAAAAUAUUUUAUUAAUAGUUUACAAAAAGAAACAAUGUUGAAAUCUCCCCAACAAAUGAUUACACCCACAUUACAUCAACCGCUUCACUCCAAAGUCACAAACUAUUUAAAUGAUCAAAGGCGACAGGGACAAUUUUGUGAUUUGAUACUUGAGCUAGAAAGUGGCGAUUCAAUUUAUGGUCACUUUUGUGUGGUGGCCGCACAAAGCCGAUUUAUUGGCGGUUCUCAUUUUCAACAGAAAACCCUACAGUUUUCCAUACACAAUCCCUUAAAAGUAAAAAUUAAGAACUUCCAAUGUACCGAAUGUUUGCAAACUAUUGGUGAUUUUUUCUAUGAGGAUAUGGUCACCAUCAUUAAGGAACAUGAAACGCAUUUUAAGCAAUUGGCCAAAAUAUUGGUGGUUGGUGAAUUAAUGAAAAUAUUUCAAAUACCAGAAGAACCCCAUGAAAUUAUAGAGAUUACAAAGGGAGAUGUAAAUGGAAUUGCCGAUGAUUUAAUCAAAGUUGAAGAUGAGCAAGUUAUUAAACAAGAGGGAGUGAUAAAUGGAGAGGGCAAUUGUACAUAUAAAACAAAAAACGAGAAUAUAUUCGAUGAAAAGAAAACUUAUUUUAAGUUAAAAAAUCCCCGUUCCUCAUCCUCAAAUAGUAAAAUAAAUUAUUGCUUAGCCUGUGAAUUCAAAUGCUACCGCGUGCAUGAAAUGAUAACGCAUAUGCGCAAUUGUGAAGCCUCCCACUUGACGUGUUCUCUGUGUGAAGUAGGAUUUUUAAGCUGGCGCGAGUAUGAUUUCCAUUUAAGACGACACGAUGCCGACGUUAAAAAGCCAUUUUUCUGUCUUGAGUGUGGUAUACGUUUUAUGACCAAAGCAGCCCUUAUUCUACACCACCCCAAACACUCUAAGGAAACACCUCAUUUGUGUCCUCAUUGUGGCAAAGGUUUCAAAUGGAAACAGGGACUUAGCACUCAUCUUCAAGUUCACAAUGCUGAAAAACGUAUGCUAUGCGAUGUCUGUGGUUACAGUACCACACACAUGAAAGCUCUUAAAUCUCACAAACUACGACAUGCAGCCGAAUUCUUUAAAUGCCCACAUCCUGGCUGCCAUCAUCAGGCGAAUCGUAAAGAAAAUCUUAAACUUCACAUAGAAACCCACAAACAAGAACGACCAUUUGUGUGUGAAAUUUGCGGUUGCAAAUUUAGCUUGUCGAAAAAUCUCAAACGUCAUGCCAUGAAACAUUCCACCGAUAAUAUCAGUAAAUUUAAAUGUCAACUAUGUUCUUUCAGCAGUCAUCGUUCCGAUAAGCUUAAAGAGCAUGUGCAACGAGUGCACACGGAAAAAGCUAUGCAAUUAGAAUUGCCAGAAAUUGUUGAGAACGCCUUCGAGUCGAAAACAGAUUUAGACGAAUUUACAUUGCCCACGUUACCAUCUGAUUUGGAUUCUCAGAAAUCAGAGGAUAACCUUAGGCUGGCGAACGAGGAAAAUGAUAAGAAAAAAGUUCGUAAAAGACGUGUUUCGAAAAAGGUGGUGGAGAGAAAAUUAAAGCCCAUUGUGCCAAAAGGUAAAGUGGUAUUGAUAAAUGUUAGUAAAAUUUAAACAAAAUAAAUUUUAAAGUAAACGAAAUUAUAAAAUACUUCAAAUAUUA